GGUCCCAGAGUCAAUAAAUCGAUCUGCAGAUUAGCAACUUAGUGAAUAGCAGAGACCAGAGUCCCCCUGAACUGUUCACAUUCUUAGAGGUCAAGUUCAGAUCCGAUCUGCCUGAAAGUCCUUUUAACACUGGUUUGUCCUAACAGCAAUCUGACGGGAUUCAUACCCCUGAAAACUGGAAACAUGCAUUGUGCCAUCCAAAAGGCAGAAGUACUGGAUGGGGCUCAUUUACUGCAGCUCCUCUGGCACGAUGGUGCAGAGUCUCUCUACCCAGCCGUGUGGCUGAGAGACAACUGCCAGUGCUCGGAUUGCUACCUGGAUUCUGCAAAAGCACGAAAACUUCUCAUCGAAGCUCUUGAUGUGAACAUUGGCAUUAAAGGCUUGACGACUGACGGGGAAAAGGUGUAUAUCAUAUGGCCAGAUGAACACUGCAGUGAAUUUGAAGCUGAUUGGCUGAAGAAAAGAUGCUUUUCCCAGCAGGCCAGAGCAAAGCUCCAAAGAGAACUGUUUUUGCCAGAACAUCAGUACUGGGGCUCAGAUUUACAGCUACCCACUCUGGAUUUUGAAGAUGUUUUAAAAAAUGAUGAGCAUGCAUACACGUGGCUCUCCAGCCUCAAGAAGGUGGGCAUAGUGCGACUCACAGGAGCAUCUGACAAGCGAGGAGAAGUCUUAAAACUUGGGAAGAGGAUUGGCUUCCUCUAUCUCACAUUUUAUGGACAUACUUGGCAAGUGCAAGACAAAAUUGAUGCUAACAAUGUGGCUUACACAACUGGGAAGCUAAGCUUUCACACUGAUUAUCCAGCCCUCCAUCAUCCACCUGGGGUUCAGCUUCUGCACUGCAUAAAGCAAACAGUCACAGGGGGUGAUACUGAAAUCGUAGACGGGUUUAACGUAUGCCAAAAGCUCAAAGAGAAAAAUCCUCGGGCGUUCCAGAUUUUGUGUUCAACCUUUGUGGACUUUACAGAUAUUGGAGUAGAUUACUGCGAUUUCUCUGUACAAUCCAAACACAAAAUUAUAGAGUUAGAUGAUAAAGGUCAAGUGGUUCGCAUCAAUUUCAACAAUGCAACUAGAGACACAGUGUUUGAUGUACCCGUUGAAAGAGUUCAGCCUUUUUAUGCUGCCCUGAAGGAGUUUGUUGAUCUCAUGAACAGCAAAGAAUUCAAAUUUACCUUCAAGAUGAAUCCAGGUGACGUGAUUACGUUUGAUAACUGGCGCUUACUUCACGGCCGCCAAAGCUAUGAAGCAGGGACGGAGAUACGCCGCCAUCUGGAAGGAGCCUACGCCGACUGGGAUGUGGUAGCGUCCCGGCUUCGUAUCUUAAGGCAGAGCAUCAAGGAUGGACGCUGAAUCUCCUGUCUGUCAUUCUAGUAAGAAUUCAGUGAGCGUAUUUUGUAAGAUGUGGCAUGAUUAUUCACAGAUCAAAAUGUGUGUCGUCAUACCGCAUAUUCUUUAAUAUUGAACUUACAACCCCACUCUUAAGAGUACUUUUUUCUUUGCAAUCAUUCCCAGCGCCAGCUUUUUAGAUGUUGUAGCAGAAUGCUCUUUUCCAAUAAAACAUUUCUUCUACUU